AAUAUACAUCUAGCUGCUUCUUCCCGCGAAAUUCGGACGAAAUGUUCAGUUUGUCAAGAGGACAAUAGAUAGUGCUCAAGAUGUUGAAGCCUUUUGGAAAGCAAUUAGUGGAACAAGAUCGCUUGCUAUAUCAUCAAGUAAUGAUGACAAGGAAAUCUUGGAUCUUUCAUCAUCCUUAUUUUUAAUUCACCGCUUAAUUUUUGGUGAAAUAUCAGACUUCUUGCAGGGAGAAGAACUUGUCAUUGUCCCUGAUGGUCCUUUGUACUUUGUUCCCUUUACCGCACUCAGGGAAUCUAUUCAGUCGAAGUACUUUUUCGAACUGUUUAGAAAUCGACUCUUUCCGUCGCUGACGAGUAUGAAAAUAAUCGCUGAUUCUCCUCAGGACUAUCACCGUAAUAGUGAUGGUCUACUUGUGGGAGAUACUUUCAACGGGGAAAUUCUACUCCGCGGUAAACCCCAUGAGAUAGAAUCACUUCCCGAUGCAAGACAGGAAGUGAUAUUGAUCGGAAGAUGGACCGGUAUUAAACCCCUUAUCGGUGAAGAAGCGACAAAAGCGGUAGUGCUUCAACAUCUAAACUCUGUCGCCUUAAUACACAUUGCAGCUCACGGAGAGGCACAAACGGGUGAGGUUUUGUUGGCACCCAACCCUAAGAGGACUUCAGACAUUGCAA